UGCUGUUUUUAUUUCACAUUCAAAGCAUUUAAUUAUACUCUAAUUGAUUUAUUGCUUUUGUAAUUGAUAUUUAUGCACAUCUGCCAAUUACUUUAAUGACAGUAAUUAAAAGUAGUCAAAAGAAUGUGAUUAACUGCUAAACUCUAUAAUUUAAAACAGCUUUGCACCAUGAGUUUAAUAAAAUUAACGGGAGAGUAGUAUAUGUAUUGCUCAAUUGAAAUCAAUUCAGUGAAAUGUAACUCUUGUAUGGCUUGUCACACAUUGACAGCUACCAAAGCUUAAGGCAGCCAGUUCUUGUUUCGUCUGAGCUUUUCCUUCGUGAAGUGAAGUUCAUCCAUCGAGAUCUCUGUCCACACUUUAGUGAACUCAAUGUCAAUAGACAGUGAUGGGGUGUACUACCAGUUCCAAAGUGAACACGGAGAUGAACAAAACGGAGAGAGGGAAGAAGGGGAAACAUAGGCAUCGUCUAGAUGUUAAGACACACCAGAAGGUGAAACAUAGAACUGAGACGGGUAAACGUGAUGACUCUCCACAACAUCAUAGACAGAUAGACCAGAAGGUGAAACAUAGCACUGAGACGGGUAAAUGUGAUGACUCUCCAGAACUUCAAGGACAGAUAGGGAAUACUGAAAGAAACGAACCGAGAUCGUUUGUUCCUACCAUGAAAGCGGCCAUUUUGAUUCAGAAAUGGUAUCGCCAGUCAAUUGCCCGCCUCGAGGCUCGACGCCAGUGCACGUGGAAUAUUUUCCAAACCAUUGAGUAUGCAGGAGAACAAGACCAGCUGAAGCUCUACAAUUUCUUCAAUGGAAUAUUGAUGCAGAUUGAACACGACUCAGAGGCUAAAAAACAAAUCGUCAUGCUCCUUUCUGCAAAACGCGAGGCAGCCAUAUAUGACACCACGACGGAGGAAGAGGCGCGCCUGCAUAGCAUGACAAACCCAAAUGAGAUAACAAUAGACCCGUCUUACAAGGGUCCACGCCUCACUUUCCCACUCACACUGGCUCAUGUUAAAACUCUCAUCAAGGCAUUCAAGAUGAAACAGCAACUUCAUGUGAAGUAUCUUCUUGAGCUGCUACAUGCAACACGGAAAAUGAUGAAGACGAGAGGUAACAUUAAUUAUGCGUCUACGUCGAUAGCGAAACAGAUCACUGUCUGUGGCGACCUUCACGGGAAACUGGAUGAUCUCUACAUGAUUUUCCACAAGAAUGGUCUUCCAUCAGUAGAGAACCCGUAUAUCUUCAAUGGAGAUUUUGUUGACCGCGGUCCGAUGUCCAUAGAGAUCUGUGUGAUUCUCUUCUCUUGUUGCCUCACCAUGCCCAAUGAAGUGUACCUGAACCGAGGAAACCACGAGGACCAUGUCAUGAAUCUCAGAUAUGGGUUUGUCAAAGAAAUAAUGAGGAAAUACAAAGAACAUUCAGUGACAGUUGCCAGGAUGUUCGAGGAAUUGUUUAGCUGGUUGCCAUUAGCGACAGUGAUUGAUGAUCAAGUUCUCGUUGUCCAUGGUGGGGUGUCCGAUCAAGUUGAUCUAGAAGUUCUGGCAAAGCUCGACAGACAUAAAUAUGUGUCAGUGAUAAAGCCUCCAUUUAGUAAUGACCUUCCUGGACUGGAUGGUGCUCACUACAAACUUAAGGAUCUGGAAGAAUGGAGACAGGUGCAGGAUAUCUUGUGGAGUGACCCGCGACCAAUUAAAGGUUCGUGUCUCAACAAGUACAGGGGAGGGGGCUCCUACUUUGGCCCCGAUGUUACAGAGCGAUUCCUGGAGCGGAACAACCUAACACAACUGAUUCGCUCACAUGAGUGCAAGAUAGAUGGAUAUGAGUAUACACAUAAUGAUAAGGUAUUAACAAUAUUUUCAGCUUCUAAUUACUAUGAUUUUGGGAGUAACAAAGGAGCCUAUGUUAAACUUCAAGGUCAAAAUCUUAAGCAUCAUAUUGUUCAGUACAUCGCCACAACAAACAGUGCUCAGAGGAAACUCACGUUCACACAAAGAGUUAGUGUUCUAGAAGCAUCGGCACUUCAUGAUCUGCGAGCGAAGAUCGUUGCCAUGGAAUCUGACCUGAUCAAAGAAUUUGAAAAAUAUGAUUGUGAUAACAAAGGUACGGUGUCAUUAAGUGACUGGUGUACAGUGAUGGGUAACGUGGUGAGUAUCGACAUUCCAUGGCAUCUUUUGCAGCCCAAGCUGGUGAAGGUCGACCCAGCGGGUCACAUUCAGUGGAGGUCGACGUUUGAGAACAUGCGAAUCCUUCACCGCUACAACGAGCAAAAUGAACCCUCAUUGACGGAAAUGCUGUACCGACACAAGGACAACUUGGAGACGAUUUUCCGAAUCUUUGACACAGACAAUUCCGGGUUCAUCACGAUCAAGGAGUUUGAAGAUGCGUGCAGCCUUCUGAUGUCCCAGUCGAACAUGGACAUCAACGUGGACAUGAAUCAGUUUGCAGACAUCGCCCGCAGCAUGGACUUCAACAAGGAUGGACAGAUAGACUUUAAUGAAUUCCUAGAGGCAUUCAGGAUUGUCGACCUCGAAGGUAGAGACCCAGAGAGCCACAAACAUCAUCAUGGUGAUGAUAUGUCGGAAAUCAGGAUAACGGAACAUGACGACGGGAAGCCUAAACACUCAAAGGGAAGAAAGACGCCGUGAUCUGAAUUCAGCUAGUGGAAAAGACGUCUCGGAAACAAGUUAAAUGGCAACCAGGCAAGAGGAACAUGUCCCACAUGUUGUUACUAUAAUGGUUAUGUCAUAGAAAUGAGUCGAGGACGGACCUGAGUACUAUAAAGACUGAGUACUGUGAAAUGUGAGGACUGUAAAGGCUGAGUCAAGUGAGUAACAGUGUGCGGUGACAGAAUUUUCACGAGGCAUAUUAGCUACAAAGACUGAGGUUUUUUAAAAACUAUUGCAACAGUUCUGAGUAUGUUCUUAAAGUGACUAGCCUGAGUCUGUAGCCGUUGUAACUUGUUUUGGCCAAUUGAGCCUUUUUAAUUACAGCACCCCCAAGAGACCCCCCCCCCCCCCAAGAAACCCCAAGUAUAUUAAAUUCAUUUCUGAAUUCCUAAUGUUUGUAGUUGAUCAAUUUGGAUUUCAGUUUUAUUCUAAUUGCCAAACAAAAUAUGAAAUUAUUGCAUCAAAGGAAAUUCUGAAUAUAUUUAUAAAUAUAAUUUUUACAUUUCAAACCUGUUACAUAGUUCUAUUACACAGAUGCAUUACAUGUGAGUAGAUUGAUUGGCUGUCUUUUAUAAUAUCUACAAACUCAGUACAGUUCUCUUAAAACAAUUGAAUUAAUCAGGCAUCAAAAUAAGUGAAGAUAAGUCAGCAACUACUGAUUCCACAUUUUCUUCAUUUUCAUUUUCUUUACAUGUUGCCACCAGUUUCUCUUCCCAGUCAUCAUCUAAAUCCUCACAAACGGGCAAAUCAUCCACAUUUGAGUACUCCUCAACACUCAUGGCAUCAUCUAUCUUCAGCCUAUCAUUUGCCAUGCCGACUAGCUCACGGAGUUCACUAAGGGGGACAUCAUCAUCGAAAUCUUCAUCUUCAGUACUUGGUGGCAAAUGACUGACAAUUCCAGCCUUUGCAAAACACUGUUCUACUGUUUCUUCUUUAACAUCUUUAACUGCAGCUUUCAACCACUGUCUUGCACCCAACACAGACACACUGUUUGCUAUAUCGUCUGAUCAGACAUUUUCCUCACUAUCCAAUCGAGCUAUGACUGAUCUCAGCAGCCGUUUCUUAUAUCCCAUUGUCAUUGUUUUAACAAUUCCUCAGUCCAGUGGCUGCAGCUUAGGCGUUGUGUUUGCGGGAAGAAACACGACCUUCACACUAGUGUGUGAAGUGGCAUUAUUGAGAAGAAGCAACACCUUCCGUUUUGAUGAUCUCAUUCGCUUAUCAAAAUCCACGAUCCAUUCUGUGAAAAGAAAUUCUAUCAUCCAUGCUUUUUUGUUGGAUUUCCAUGUCACCUGCAGACGAGCAGGUUUUAUGUUUCGAAAGCAACGUGGCUUAGCAGCCUUGCCAGUCAUGAUUGGCUUGUCGAAGUGCCCUUCCAUGUUGACACACAAAGCUACAGUAUAUUCGUUCUUUCAAUCGCUUCCCACUUUUACACACUUCACCACAAAUUCGUAAUGUUUUGUCUGGCAGGGCACAAUAGAACAAACCAGUUUCAUCCAUGUUAAAAAUAUCACACGGUGCAUAACCUGAAAUAAAGUCGGACAAUUUGUCAAUCCAUUUUGUAACAUCCUCGCCUGAAACACUGGCACUUUCACCACAGUUGAUCCCAAAUGCUAUAUUGUGUCAUUCGCAAAGUCUGUUUAACCAGACGUUUGAUGCCUUAAAAUCAUUUUCUGCGAUUCCCAGUUCAGAUGUGUACUUCAAAGCUCUUAUUUUCAGCAUAGGGCCCGGAAUAGGGACAUCUUGACCACGCAUGCGUUGGAACCAUUCCCACAUCAAAGUGUUCAGUUGUUCUAUUGGAGAACGUACACAUAACUAUUUUCUCUCAUUAUCUUUAUUUUGUUUGUAGCCAUCUUUUAUUUCUGCCUUUCUUUUCAGUAUUGACUGCACUUAUGUUUCACCAAUACCAAAUGUCUCUGCAAGCUUGCGUUGACUUUUUCCUACACUCUUGUUUAUUAAGUUAACUUUUUGCUUCAAAGUUAGUUCGCAACAUGUUUUCCUCUUCUUUGGACUUCCAAUUUCGAAUAACGAUGAUGCGUACACAAUUAUUUCGAAAGAAUGAUAGUACGACUACAACAUUCAUGUUUGGUUUUCAGUGCUUUGACACAAUUAGGUCAAAAUACACAAACUCACUUUGUUAAUGCGCCUCUCUACAUAACACUUGUUUUGUUACCUAUUGGAUUAGUUGGUUACUUUGAUGAAGUGAUAUUCCAAUUAACAAUGAGCUCCGUCUCAUUGGAAUAGCGGUGAAUGUAUAUCUUCAACUAAACAAUAAUAUACACGUGUCGAGGCAACUAGAGUAUUCAACAUUCUGGGCUGGGAAUUAAAAGUAAUUGCAGUGAUGUUCCGCUUAGUAAGUUACAUAAUUUGUAUGGUCAGUGUGUUGCUUUACAGUUGUAUUUACUUAGCAUGGCACUGUAAUCAGAAUGUGUGCAGGCAUAUGGGUCACUUGACUGACUGCAGUAUGAAAACAAACAAUCAGCAUGUAACAUUGCUAAUUAAUAUUAACUAGGUGACACUGUUUUCCAGAAACUGAAAGUACCGAUAUCCUUUUUAUUUAGAAAUGAUUAACAGACUAAACUAACAUGAUUAUUCUUAUAGUGUACUACCUAUCAUUUGAUAACAAUCAGAGAGAACAAAGAAACCAUUAGAUGCCUAACUUUUCAACACUUGUGCAAAACAAAAAAUGCUGAAUUUUGCUAUCAUAGUAUGGUCACUUUGACGGGGUCGAAGUACACUAAAAUCCACCAAAGGCACUGACUUUACUGGUCAUAAUACCGGGGUAGUUUUACCUGUAAAAUAAUACGGAAAUAUUCUGGUCAAUAAAAAAAUGUGAUCUUAAUAGCGGAGUGGUCUUAAUACUGGAGUGGUCGUUAGGUGGGGUUUCACUGUAUAUACUACAAAGACUGCAUUAUGCGAGUAUGUAUUUACUAUUUAUUACCCAUAUGGUCUACAAUAAACAGUUAUAUAAAUGUCAUAUUUUUUUAAAAUGGCAUUAUUCCACGUCACUGUAAUUGACACCGCUGAAUGUUAUUGACAUCGAUUGUAAAAUAAUUAUAAUCAUAUUUAAUGUGUGCUCAAAAUCAUAGUUUGUGGAUAAUAAAUAAAUUAUAACAUUCGCAGGAGUGCCAUACAAAGAUUAUGAAACUUGAAUAAACAUUGAAUAAAAUAAUUAUCAAACUGGUUUCAUAAAUUCUGUAUACCACUCCCACUUAUGCAAUAAUCUAUGUAUAUAUGGUAGAUUGAGUUACUUGAGCAUGCUUCUUUCCAUGAAAUCUUGAUUCUUUGCUAUGUAAUUACUAUAUGUACGGACGGACUUCUGUGAGCAUGAAUUUACCAUUUAUGUCACCAUAUGUUCUUACAAUGAAGUCAAGUUCUGUGAGCAUGUUGUUAGGACUAUUUCAAAACUGAUCACAUGGGAUGAGGCAGUUUUUUAAAAAUUAUUAUUACCGAGCACUCACAAAAUACAGUUGUACUUGAGCCAUGUACAUGCACAGAACUGAACAGUUCAGACCCUUCUAAGGGCCCCUAUGGGCAACCUAGGGAGACAACUCAAUGCCAUCUAGGUCCCCUUAACGAGCUGCUCUCGGCUACCUAAUCUUCCAAAACUAUACGUAGCUCCCUUCUUUACUUUUUGGUGGACCGUUCAAAAUUGCACCUUUGGCUUAAUCCUACGUGACUUUCCCAAUUCCAUAGCAACAUACCACCCUCCGCUGUUACGCUGCUAAUUUCAGAUAAACGGGAAGUGUCUUUCACCACCAUACUCUAAUUCUGCACAAAAAUUGUAUUCUAAUUUUAGUAGGACCCUACAGAAUAGUAGCUGGUACACUUACUAGAGGGCCCAGUUUCACAAAAUAGUAGCUGGUACACUUACUAGAGGGCCC